AUGGGUAAAAAAGUACGUAAACCAAACAAGCACUCAAUUAAUUCAACUACUUUACCAAAUACUACAAUAAUUGAGCCACUCUUAGCAAAGUUUGAUUUACCAGAGGCCAAUUUUUUUGCAAUGGUAACUCAAAGUGUUGACUGUCAUCGAUUACGAAUUUUUGAUACACACAACAAUGUGAUAAAUAAUGAGUUUCAUUCGAUAAAAGAAGACAAAUUCACUUGUUUAACCUGGGGAAAGCUUUUCUUAAAAAACGAGAGUGGUGUUGAUGAAAAUCAAAAUAGUAAUGGUCAAGUUAAUAAUGGUAACAAGUUAAAGAACAAAAGAAAGCAGCGAGAGUUUCAACAAGGAGAUUGUAAUAUCGUUAUAGCACUUGGGUUACAAAAUGGAUCAAUAGCAUUUUAUUCGAUUGCACACGGGGCAAUUAUUAAAACUUUAAAAGGAUCACACACACUACCAAUUAAUGAUUUUGUAUUUUUCACUAAAGAAAAGAAAGGUUACUCGUGUUCGGAUGAUUCGUUUAUUGUUGAAUGGGAUCUUGAAAAAUUUAAAGAGAUCGGAAAAUGGAAAGACGCAAAACAAAUUCCAAAACACCUUGCGAUAUCUCACGACGGGGAAAGAUUGUUAAGUACUAACAACGAUAUCAAAUUAUGGGAUCUUGAGACAAAAAAGGUUAUAAAAACUUUUACAGGGCAUGCGAGUAUUAUCACAAAUAUUAUAUUUUCUAAUGAUAAUAAAGUUUGCGUAUCAAGUGCAGAGCAUGAUCGAUACAUAAAUGUAUGGAGAUGCCAAAACGAUAAUAAUGAUGACAAAGUUAAUGACAAUAAUAAUAAAUACAAUCUUACUAAGAAUACAUAUUUAUAUGGAGACAAUAUGGCUGGUAAACAAAAAUUUACAACCAGAACUCCAGAUUCAACUAUUAAAACUAUAAAAGAUGAAAAAGAUGGUGUUUCAAUAAUACCAAUUUUAUCUGCAUGUUUUGUUGAUCAAUCAGCAAAGAAAGAAACUGGAUUAGUAUUGAUAGCUAGAGGAAGUACUGUGAAACCUAUCUUUGAGAGAGUGCGGUUUACUGAUGAAGAAACUGGCGAAUUUCAAAAAGAAUUGAAAUUAUCAAGACACCAGCCAAUGGGUUUACUAAAUGAUGAAUCAAAUUUAGCUGCAAAAAAAUUGAAAGUGACACAUAAAGAAUAUGAUGAGUUAACAGCUAAUGUAAUAUUGCCAAACAAUCAAAUCCAUGAUAUUUCAAUAUCUAAUGGAGAAUCUGAUAUGAUAAAUAUUAAUGUGAAAAACAGAAAAAUUCAGAAACCACAAGCUAAUUCAAUGCAACAAGUAUUAGUUCAAGCAUUGCACUCUAGUGAUGAACAUCUAUUAAAAGAAGUACUUGGUCAAACAAAUCUAGAAAUUAUAAAUAACACAGUAAAAAAACUACCUACACAGUUUGUUGUGCCAUUUCUAGAAAGUAUGAUUGAUAAAUUUCAGGGGAACCCUAAUUAUGGAACAAAUCUUUUAAGAUGGAUAAAAUCUGUGUUAAUAAUUCAUAUGGCUUAUUUGAUGACGAUCCCUCGGUUAACGAGUAGACUCUCAAAUUUUUAUAAAACUUUGGAUACACGAUGUUCAUCAUUUCAAAAAUUAUUGAAUUUUCAUGGCCGACUUGAGAUAUUAACACAACAAAUAUCUACGAGAAAUUUAUUGACAAAAAAAGAUGAUGCAAAUAAACCCAAAAAUGUUUAUGUUGAAGCAAAAUAUGAUCCAUAA